AUGGAUAUAGAAUCUGAAAAAAGAAGAGUUAGUGUAAUAACACAAAUUGAUCCACAUAGUUUUAAAGAAUUAUCAGAAAAUGGAAAUUUAUCAAGAACAGAAAGUGAUAAUAAAAUGUAUGAUGGAAAUACAUAUAGAAGAGGAAGCCGAAAAUUAACAACAACACUUAAUCAUUUAGCCUUAUUUAAAGAUGAUGAAAUUCAUCCACCACAUGGGCAUACAACAUUUUUUUCACCUUACAUAACACCUGGUCCUGGAGAAAGAGCUCAAAGUGAAAAGAAAAAAGCUAAUUUAGGUGUUAUGUUAGGUGUUUAUCUUCCAACAAUUCAACAUAUACUUGGUGUAACAAUGUUUAUUAGAUUAUUUUGGGUUGUUGGUAUUGCAGGUGUACCACAUACAAUGAUAUUAUUAUUUUUAUGUUGUUCAUGUACAUUAUUAACAAGUAUAUCAUUAUCAGCUGUAGCAACAAAUGGUAUUGUUGAAAGUGGUGGUUCAUAUUUUAUGAUAUCAAGAAAUUUGGGUGCAGAAUUUGGAUCAGCUGUUGGUAUAUUAUUUUAUUUAGCAAAUACUGUAGCAACAUCAAUGUAUCUUGUUGGUGGUGUUGAAGUAAUGCUUCUUUAUAUAUUUCCAAAUUUAACAAUAGGUGGUGAAGAAGUUCAUGGUGAUACAAGUGUAUGGGGAAUGAUGUCACAUAAUUAUCGUAUUUAUGGAACAUUAUUUCUAUUAUUAGAAGUAUUAAUAUGUGCAAUGGGUGUAAAAUUUGUACAAUUACUUGCACCAAUAUCACUUGGAUGUGUUAUCUUAUCAAUUCUUGCCUGUUUUGGUGGUGGUAUUGAAAAAGCAGUAACUCAUAGUGGUCUUCAUGUUUGUAUGUUAAAUCAACAAUUAUUACCAACAAAAAUAUUUUUACCUGAUCAUGCACCUUUAAGUGAUGUAUGUAAAUAUUGUAUAAAAUCAGAAGGUUUAUCAGAUGAUUUUUGUCAAAAUGAAACAGAAACAUUAUUUUGUUCACAUUUUGCAGCUGGAAAUUUAAAAUGUAUUAAUGCAUUUCCUGGAAUAAAUGCAACAAUUUUAGCAUCAAAUAUGGUAUCAAUGUAUAUGAAAGCUGGUGAAUCAUUACCUGAUAUUAAAGCUGAUGUUGGUUUAGAAGUUUUUCAAGAUGUUGAUACAACAUUUUUUGUUUUACUUGCUAUUUAUUUUCCAGCUGUAACAGGAAUAUUUACUGGAACAAAUAUGAGUGGUGAUUUAAAAGAUCCACAAAAAAGUAUACCAUUUGGAACAAUAGCAGCAACACUUUCAACAUCUUUUAUAUAUUAUGCUUUAGCAAUAUUAUUUGGUGCAUCAAUACCAGGUCCUGUAUUAAGAGAUAAAUAUGGUAAAAGUCUUGCAUCAAGUUUAGUUGUUGCAUCAUUAUCAUGGCCAUCACCAUGGGUUGUUAUUAUUGGAUCAUUUUUAAGUACAUUUGGUGCUGCAUUACAAUGUUUAUGUAGUGCACCAAGAUUACUUCAAUCAAUUGCUAAAGAUGAUGUUAUACCUUUUUUACGUCCAUUUGCUCGUGUUACAUCAAAAAAUGAACCAUUUUUAGGAUUAUUAUUUACAGCAUUUAUUGCUGAAUUUGCAAUCCUUCUUGGUGCUGUUGAUGCAAUUGCUGAAGUUUUAGAUUUUUUUUUUCUUAUGUGUUAUGCAUCUGUUAAUCUUAUUUGUGCACUUCAUUCACUUAUGAAAGCACCUAAUUGGAGACCAAGAUUUCGUUAUUAUCAUUGGUCAUUAUCAUUAUUAGGUGCAUUUUUAUGUUUUUUUAUAAUGUUUUCAUCAAGAUGGCAAUAUGCAUUAAUAUCUAUUUUUUUAACUAUGACAAUAUAUAAAUAUGUUGAAUGGAAAGGAGCUAAAAAAGAAUGGGGUGAUGGAAUUCGUGGAUUAGCAUUAACAACAGCUCAAGUAAGUCUUUUAAAUGUUGAAGAUAAAGAUCCACAUCCAAAAAAUUGGAGACCACAACUUUUAAUUAUGUUAAAUAGUUAUAUGUCAAAAGAUAUUAUUGAUAUGAGAAGUCUUAGUUUAUUACAUUUAGCUUCACAAUUAAAAGCAGGUAGAGGUUUAGCUAUGGUUGUUACAUUAAUAAAUGGUGAUCCUGGUAAAAAAGAAGAUAAAAAAAAAGCAAAUGAUAUAAAAGUAAGACUUCAAAAAGAUAUUGAAGAAACACGUUUAAAAGGAUUUGCCAAAACAUUAAUAUAUUUUAAAGAUCAAGUUCCUGGAUGUAUAAGUGCAUUAUUUCAGUCAGUUGGAAUUGGUGGAUUAAAACCAAAUACUGUGUUAAUAAAUUUUCCAAAAACUCAAGGAAAAUUUCAAUUUACAGAAAAAGAUUUAUUUGCAGAAGAAUUACUUAAAGGAAGUAAUUCAGAAUAUUGUAUUCUUAUAGCAAAAGGUAUAACUGAUUUUCCAAGUAAUGAUGAAAAACUUCGAGGUAAUGUUGAUAUUUGGUGGAUGGCAGAGGAUGGAGGUAUAUUAAUGUUAAUGGCAUUUUUAUUAUCACAAAAUAAAAUAUGGAAAGGAUGUACACUUAGAGUUUUGCUAAUUGCAAAUUCUUUUAAAGGAAAUACUAAAGAUAUACAAAAACAAUUUGAAAAAUUUGUUUAUCUUUUAAGAGUUGAUGCAAAAGUUUAUAUUGUUGACCAAAAAACACCUGAUUCAUCAGAUAAUAAUUCUUUAAACAAAACUGAUAUUAAUGAUGAAAAAAAAGAUAAUUCAUUUUCUAAUAAUUCAACACCUAAAAAAGAAGGAUAUAAUAAUGUUACUUUUACAAAAGAAACAGAUGAAAUACAAAUAGAUCUUGGUAGUCCAUAUGAUUCUAAUGAAAGUGAAAAUGAAAGAGAUAGUACAAUGAAUUUUAAGAUGAAUGAAAAUUUAGGAUGUAAUCAUAAGAUACGUGAAGCAAUGAUGUUAAAUAAUAUUAUAUGUGAAACAUCAAAUGACAGUCAAUUAGUAUUAUUGUCAUUACCAAAAAUACCUCGAAACAAAGAUCAAAUAAUUGAUGAUUAUAUUACAUAUCUUAAUAUAUUAACAAUGAAAUUACCGAGAGUCCUACUAAUCGGUGGAAGUGGCAAAGAGGUUGUUGCAAUUACAUCUUAG